CACAUUAGCGCUAGUGUCGUUACCCCGAUACCACCGAUACUGUCGGCGCCAUUAGAGUCAUUAUAGUGGCGUUUGUUUCUAAAAGUGCUCAGGCCUGGUGCUGGCCGCCAUGCCCAGAUCGCCCGGAUAAUGCUGGAGUUUUGGUGCUCCUGUUUCUCCUGCAAUCGGUGGCGUUUCUUCGGAAUAGCCACUCGGCGCAUGAACUGGUAGGGCGAUUCGGGACAUGCCAAGCAGCGUCAUGGAGGGACGGCUCAAGUGCCACUGUGACAUCUGCAGCGCGGAGGAGAACCACACCUGCCACACGGACGGGAUCUGCUUCGCGGUCACCAGGAAGGUGAAGAGCGGCGCCCUCCUCCACGAGUACAGGUGCAAACCACACGAUGAACUCUUACCCCCCGAGAACCCUAUCUUUUGCCAUCAUUCAAACAAUGUAUACAAUCAGUUUGCCAUAGAGUGCUGCCGCAGCCACGAUUUUUGCAAUCGUAACAUCACCCCAACGUUAGCGCCGGACGACGAACGCAUAGGAGACUCCCGGGUGCCUGGGGCCCAGCUCAACACGUACGAGAUGGCCUUUGCCAUUGCGGGCCCCAUCUGCCUCCUUUGCAUCGUUUUGCUGGUGGCGGUGUCACUAUGGCAGCAGCGGCGGCGGCACUUUCGCUACGAGGUGGACAGCAGCCUCGAGAGCGAGCCCAUUCUCCUACCACAGGGACAAACCAUCAAGGACAUGAUGGAGAUGACCACCUCGGGCUCUGGGUCGGGGUUGCCCCUGCUGGUGCAGAGGAGCAUAGCUCGCCAGAUUCAGCUGGUGGAAAUCAUUGGAAAAGGUCGCUACGGGGAAGUUUGGCGAGGCCGGUGGCGUGGCGAGUCUGUGGCAGUCAAGAUCUUUUCUUCGCGAGAUGAACGCUCCUGGUUCCGAGAAGUCGAGAUCUACCAGACGGUGAUGCUCAGACAUGACAACAUCUUGGGCUUCAUUGCGGCUGACAAUAAAGACAAUGGGACCUGGACACAACUGUGGCUGAUCACAGAUUACCACGAGAAUGGGUCGCUGUUUGAUUACCUGACAAGGAUCCCCGUCGACACGAGCACCAUGUGCAAGAUGGCCUACUCGAUUGCAAAUGGGCUAGCACACCUGCACAUGGAGAUCCUGGGCACGCAGGGCAAGCCGGCCAUUGCCCACCGGGACAUGAAGAGCAAGAACAUCCUGGUGAAGUGCAACGGGACGUGCGCCAUUGCGGACCUGGGCCUGGCGGUGCGCUACGACUCGGCUAGCAACACGGUGGACAUUCCGCCCAACCCGCGCGUGGGCACCAAGCGCUACCUGGCCCCCGAGGUGCUCGACGAGACCAUCAACAUGAACCACUUUGACUCAUUCAAGCGGGCCGACAUCUACGCAUUCGGCCUGGUACUCUGGGAGCUGGCUCGGCGGUGUAGCAUUGGCGGCAUUUACGAGGACUACCAGCUGCCAUACUACGACCUGGUGCCUUCGGACCCAACAAUUGAGGAGAUGCGCAAGGUGGCGUGCACGGACCGCCAGAGGCCGGCUUUGCCAAACCGGUGGCAGUCAUGCGAGGCUCUGCGAGUCAUGUCCAAGAUAAUGAAGGAGUGCUGGUACCACAACUCGGCAGCAAGGCUCACGGCCCUUCGGAUCAAGAAGACCAUUGCCAACCUGGGUGCCCAGGAAGACCUGAAGAUAUGAAAGCGUUGUGGCGACAAUCUGUGUGCCUUGGCAGACGGACCGGUGCGUGCUUGCCACACUGGUUGGGCCUGCUGGCUGACCAGGGACCGGUCGAGUGGACCCCUCACAUCCUGGAGAGUGUGAAUAGAGCUCGUGCCCCGGAAGGGUUUCCAGAAAAGUUGAGGCAUGUGCGCUUAGGCUCACCGCUGGCUGCUCCAUGGCCAGGGUGACCCUUCCGUAUUCUAGGAACUCUGAAGUCAACAAACUUGCAAGAUUCAAAUAAGCUUCACGCACAGGUGUGCGAGCAAGUCUGGGGUUAGGACUAACAGCCAGCUGACUGAAAAGCAAAGAAGAAAAAAAAAAAAAAAAAAGCUGGCAGAGAACAUUUUGGAACAGACAUCUAGGAGUGUAACCCUACAUCCCUUUCAAGUCGUGACAUGUUUUACUUAGUGUGCAAGGCAACCAAUGUGAUUCUGUGACUGGGAUGCUCUUACUAAGGGAAGUGAGAAAAAGAAGUUGAUAUAUGGAAAAUGUUUAAAACAACACCGCACCAUCAUUAAAGCCAUUUGAAUUUCAUGGCAGAAUGUGGCUGCACUGCCACAGGCAUGGUGGAGGCAUUUUUCCUGUCACUGUUAGCCCUGUUUCUUUUUUGCCUUCCUCCCCUUUUGGGUGGUACCUUUACCAGAAUGGCAGACCGGAAAAACUUGGAACAGAGUGGCACAGAGUGGCAUAUCGUAGUGGGGGUUGAAAUCGGUCAAUCUUCACAUCUGUAUUUUUUUAUUGGUCCCUAAACAAAAAGAUUCUCUUUGCAUUGCAUAUUUGACUCGAGGUCUUGGCCCCUUUAUCCCGUCUGUGGUUCUGCUAAGCAAGAACGUUCAGAGCAGGGGGGCAGGCAAGGCGGCUGACACUUUAUUCUGGGUAGCGAGCAUCUGUAAAAAUUCUGGGCGUUCCAGCUACUAUCCAGUUUUAUUGGAGAGACUAGCCCCUACCCUUUGACCAUUUUUGCCCGUUGGGGGUUGCUGCGCGUUUCGGUGGUCUUGUGCCGAAGGGGCUGAUGAGUGCACGAGGGGUUAAGCGUUGUGUUGGACAGGGAGGAUCCUGGACACAUGGUGCGUGCUACUUGCCCUUCCUUCCAGUCAGAAGAGAGCACUGCCUGAUAUCGGAGGAAGCCAAAGCUGCCUCCAAAGCAUGCCGUCCUUACCUUUUCUUUUUGGCUCUGAGCUGCAGGGGUUGGACAGUUUGAGAAUGCUUGCAUUGCGAGGGUCAGUUGUCCUUGGAAAAUCAACCCAAAUGUUUUGCACCCCUGUGGAAGCUGGAGGUGCUUGUGGUGUCCAGAACUUGCGACCCUAAGUUAGUAGUUAUCCUGUGCUUUUUGGUGAGUGCCCAUUAUACAUGAAAUGUGAAAUCCAGGCACUUGAGCAAAGCCUUCGUAGUCUGGCCUCCUAGGAGUUGUGUUGCUCUUCCCCGAUGCGAAUGCAUGGAAGAUUCUUGUGCCAACCCAUUCUGCUCUUUGGAAUGCAUGCCCUCCGAUCUGGGGCCUUUGAGACUGCCUUGCCACCCGAUUCCUCGAGACAAUCUCUGUGGCCGACAACCCACCCUAGGAUCUGUUUUGGGGGCUACUGGAUGUGUCUGAAGCCCUUGACCUAAACGUACAGCCAUUAUUUCAGUCUGUGGUCACAUGCGGCCGAACGAAAAGAAGCAUGUACAUUACCUGAACACAAGCAAUGUUCUCUAUCUCUAGUAUGGGGAGGUGUUUGCAGUGCAGAGGAGUUUCAGAUUCCCAGGAAGGAAAAAUGGGCAAAUCGAAGGCACCCUGGGUGUGAGUGACAUGAGGGUGUGGGGUGCACGGAAGCUGCACCCGGGGUUUGCUGACCCGCCUCUGUCCUGGCAUCCCUAAAAUGGUCACGGACAGGUUCUUGCGCUUCUGUGUUUUGCGGCUCACAUCUUUGCUGGCAACAAGCAGUGCUUGGUGGCUUGGGGAUGACAUGUUCCCAUGAUGGGUGAAGGAUGAAAUGAUCCCGGUCGAACCAGUUUCAAGUGUACACCCAGACAAAAUGGUCUUGAGUCACUUUUUUUUUUAGAUAUUUUGGAUAGUAUCUGAUCUGAUGUUUUAAAAUGUUUGCUGCUGCCAAUGUUCAUUCAACACAGUCAGUAAGCAUUUAUUGCGCUCGAGUGUUUUGCGAUACAUUCUUAAGAGAGCGACUAGCAAAGAGCCCUCCUGCUCAAAAGUUCUCUAGCUUCAUGGCAUUAGAACGAACAAUACUAGCAAUACCUUCCUGAAAAUCGCAAUUAAUGUAGACUUUCUCAACACUGUGAACUGUCCACAUUUAAUUAUUGUUUUAGUUACAAAUAAAGAAUAAAUGCUUGGAGCCGAUGAUGAUGAAAUUAAUAUAGCAAUCCGAACAAUGCUUCACCAUUUACGAAUUAACAGCCAACUUCAGUCGACUGGGCAGACAGGUUAAUGUCUCCCUGUUCCGCUAUAUGUAUUUCAUUACCGAUCUUUCAGUCCAAUCUGUAAACUCCGUGUUGACGUUGAAAUGUGUGGACAUUUAAAAAAAAAUGGGGUGUGUACUAGUUCCCUUACAAGUUGAAUGCAAAAAGCAGCACAACGGUAAAAGGUUUGUUGCAUCUGUAAUAACAUUGUAGUUCCACUAUUUGUCCUAUAAGUAUGUGUCUAUAUUCAUCAAGCUUUUUUUGUUUUUGUUUGCCUCUUUGGCUAAAGCACGGGACCGAAGUAUGCUUUAAAUACUACAAAGUAAAUUUUAAUAUGGGGACAUUUGGCAACACUAAUACUCAAACAUUUCCUCGUCUAUACAUUCAAUUUCUAUGAAGUAUGCACAAUCGACAAACCCCCAAUGAGCAAGAAAACAAGGUCUCGAAAUUCACUUGGGGACUUUUUUUGGUUGGGACCAUUUUGGCCGGGACCAUUUUGACCAGGACCAUUUUGUCUGGGGCCAUUUUGUUUGCAUGCUUCCUCACGAUGUUUGUGACCACAUUUCUCUGCAUCGGUUGCUGUGUGUUGACUCAUCUUGGAGGGCUCAUUUUCAUACCCCUCUCAUUGAUAGAAAAUCCAUUGCAGUUUGCCUGUACCAGCAUGGCUAGUGAAAUAAAGCCAUUGGCACCCGUUC